AUGCGAUCCUACGGAGCGACCGUCGUUCUUGGACAACCUGCGUUUUCUCAGUGGCCGCACCACGCUGCCUUCAUGGAAACGCCAGUAGUAAAACUUCAGCGAGUCGAUGUGCGCUACACAGUUUCAACGUACCGUGCGCUGUUCCCCGUCAUCCGGCUUCGCUGUUUCACCGAGAGGGGUCCGCUCUUUGGGGCGGUGGCUCUCCUGGGGCUGUUUCGCCCCCUCUCUUGGCUCAAGUUUGGCAACGCACGGGUGCUUUGGCCCUGUUUUUGGCGUUGCCUCCACAUUCCCGCCGUCAUGCUUGCAUCGGAUAAAGCAGGGCAAAACCCCCGCAACCGCCUGCCAUUGCAUCCCAACAGUGGCACCAAAGAAGCGCCCUGGCCUGCGGCUCGGGAUUUGCUGCUUCUUUUCGGCGAUGCUGUGCUCGGAUACUGA